AUGGGGUUCUUAUCAUAUUAUAAUAUCAGUGGCGAUAUUUUGAUUAACAUAGACGAAAGAGUGGCUGAUUUUUGUAAGCAAAAGCUUAAACAUCCUAUCCUCAAAGUUCAAGGCCAUCUCCAAGAAGUUAGUGAAAGGACUUACGAGCUCUCAGUUCAAAUCCGAGGAAACCUUAAUAUUAACAUAGAGCAAGGUCUUGAUGACAUUUGCAGCCGACAAUUUGAGCGUCCUAUUCAUCGUAUUCAUGGGCUUCUUCGACAAGUCAAUGAAAGGGCCUAUGAGCCGGAGAUUGUGGCAAUCGGUCCUUAUCAUCGAGCUAAAGAGAGUACAAAGAUGAUGGAGGAACACAAACAUCGCUACUUGAAAAACCUUAUUAAUUCAAAACCACUCCAAGAAUAUAGAGCUGCUAUGUCGGAACUGGAAAAUGAGGCUUGUGAAUACUACGUUGAACCUAUUGGUCUCAACGACGACAAAGGGAAGUUUGUAGACAUGAUGAUCUUAGAUGGGUGCUUCAUAAUAGAACUGUUGCGCAAGAAUAACAUGAGUGAAUUGAGGGAGAAGGACGAUAUCAUCUUCAAAUUUGAUUGGAUGUUGAGUUCUUUGCAAAGGGAUUUGCUUUUGUUAGAAAACCAAAUGCCCUUCAAGGUUUUGUGUAAGUUGUUUGACUUGGUUGAAGCCCCAAACCAACAUUCUAGGCUUGCUUAUCUAGUAUGUUGUUUCUUUAAAAACCUCUUUCCAGGAAUGACAAUAGAUGAAGACAAAGUUGAUGAAACCAAAGAUGAUGUUGGACAUUUACUUGGGUUAAUACAUAGUCGAUGGCAUAAUCUAGGGAGCCAACAAAAUGAUGCAAAAGUGAGAAAGAUACAAAGAGAUCGGAAGUUUCUUUGUGCAUCAACACUUAAAGAGGCUGGUGUGGUGUUUAAGAAGGGUGAGAAUCUAAGUUUAUUUGCUAUUGAGUUUCAAAAGGGGAAGUUAAGAAUUCCACAGCUCACCUUCGAAGAUAGGACAGAGACUAUAUUUAGAAAUUUCUUAGCAUACGAGCAAUAUUCAAAGAAACCCCAAGAACGUUUUGUGACGGAUUACAUUAAUUUUUUGGGCAGACUUAUUGGUUCUGAGGGAGACGUGGACUUACUUUGUGAAUAUAGCAUCAUUGAUAAUUGGAUGGGUGACACAAAAGCAAUUUCCGAUAUAUUUAGAAAGAUAAAUGAAUGCAUUACAGUUGAGAGCCCAGAGUCCAGAUAUAGUAUGGUUUUUGAAAAAUUGAACACCCAUUGCAACAAAAGAGGGGGCUGUGGAUCCAAAUUUGGUAUCAUAAAUCACCAGUAUACUACUGUUCCUUGA